AUGUUAAACGAAACCUGCUAUUUCGAAGAACCACUGGAUUUUAUGAUCAUCCAUUAUAUUGCGUUGGCUUUGUCCCUAAUUGUUUAUGGUAUUUCGUUCUAUGUGCUAUUUUUUGAAACUCCGAAACAUUUUAGUAAAUAUCGAAAUUAUCUGAUUUCACAUAUAUUUUCUGGUUUCCUCUUAGAUAUAGUGAUGGGUGUUCUAUGGAAAGUCACAAUUGUCCUACCGGUUCCAAUAAUGUGCUCGAACACAUUUAUCUCUGAAUAUGCAACAAUAGUUUUCCAAUUACUACCUGUAUGCUUCGCUUACACUGGAGCUUCUGCGAUUUCGCUUUUUGUGUUCCGAAUGGAGGCGGUAAUUGUUCACCGAACGGAGCAAACUUUUUUGAGAAAAGUUGUGAAAUAUAUUCAAUAUGCGUUUUAUGUGAGCAUUGUUCUCGUUGUGAUUGGAACAGUAUUGAUUUAUCCGGAUUUGAAGUAUCAAAAAGAUUAUAAAUUGAAGAUGGAAAAGAGAUUCGGAACAUUCAAGCCGUAUAUGUGGUGUGACAACUGCUUCUUCUGUAAUUUUGAUUCCCUAACUUUCCGAUGGUUUUUCUACGUGGCUGUUGUUGCCGUAGUACUUGGUGGCUUCACUGGCGGAUUUGCGUUCCAUGUAACUGUGCAAGCACUGAAAAGUGUUAGCUCUAACCUGACUGCUAAAACUAGGGCAACACACCGGAAUUACCUAUGGAGUAUUUCUCUAGCGGCUGCUGUCCACGUAAUAUGCAUUGUUCUACCGCUUCUCGGAAUUCUACAAACUAUCAAUUUCAUAAUUAGCCUCAGCGAGUUCCGAUUUUUCCCAUUCAUCUUAACAUUGGUCAUCCAAGAGCAUGGUGCAAUAUCCACGGUUAUAAUGUUUAUGACAAACAAUCUGCUGAGAGGCGCUUUAAAGAAAAUGUUCUGGUGUGAGAAGCUGGUGGCAACCGUGGAAAAUAGUGGAGCCAAUAUAAUUGUUUCGUAG